AUGUCUACUCAAGUCAUUAAAAAAAAUAAAUACAGUGAAUUGAGAGAUAUCUAUUCAUAUCAUAUUGAUUCAUAUAAUGCGUUGUAUCAGUUAAAAACGAAAAAUGCAGAAGAACUAAACUCGAUUUACAAAAUGAUCAAAACAAAUUUGAUUGAAUCAAAGAAAUGUCGCCCACAAACUAUUAUAAGCGACAUUUUAAAUAUCAUUCCAUAUAAUAAUCGUUAUGCAAAGUCAUAUUUGGAACUUUCGAAACUCAUAUCUGAUGAUUAUCACAUCAAAGAAGUCAGAAAUAUACCAAUUAUUUCUAACUUCCUCUUUUAUAAAGAAUAUGGAAUUAAAUUAGAUACAUUAGCUGAUUUCGAAACAAUUAAAUUAGAAAAUCUUGAUAUCCUUUCGGAAGAUACAAUUUACAAAGCAAUUAUGGAUAAUAACAAAGAGCUAUUUAUAUCAUACACAUAA